AUGAUCAUCGACAACAUACAGGACGAACUUAAAGACCUUAGUGCAUCCAGCCUCAUAUCCCGUUCAUGGCUUCCAAGGUCGAGAGCCCACAAGUUACGGUCUAUCGUCAUCUCGACCAAGGAUCGUUAUACAGCGUUCGAGGAGAUCAUCAGUGCAUCUCCCGUCAUCUGUCACUACGUGCGCGACGUGACUAUCGACGGUCAUUCAUGCGCAGUAGGGCCAUUUGGUCUUUUGCUCCGCAUCCUGCUGCAGCUCCGUCGGGUGGAGAGCCUGACCUUGCGAAACUGCAAGCGGGAUCAAUUAUUGGUUGACUGCAGGACGAGGUCUGGUCUUUCACAGGGUAUGAUGACCGCAGUAUACGCCGACUGCUCCUCGCAUGUCCCAAGCUUCAUGUCGUACGAUUGUUCGACAUUGGCUUUCGACACGAAGCGUUAUCAUUGGGACGCGCAGAACCACUUCCCUGCGUUGAGAUUGACACCUUAA